AUGGUCAGAUCGGGACAAGAGGCACACCGCCGCAACCGGAGCAACAACUCCGUCCACCAUCGGCACUUGAGGACGGCCACCACGACGACCCGCACGGCGGACGCAGAGCAGCGCCCAGGGGCGCGACCGCACACAUCCAAGGAGGUUGCGCAGCCACAUCCCAGACUGAGCCCGAGUCGGCCCAUAUCUGGCCCGUGCGGGCCGGCCACCGCCGCACUGCACCGCGUGGUGCCCACGCUAUGGCCCCGCAGCUACCAGCCUCAGAGCACCGCCGGCUCGACGGCCACCGCCGCCGCGCCAGCUCCGCGGCCUCCACCUUCACGCACGGCCGCCCGACGACGCAUCUCCGCUGCGGACGCGCCGCCGGAGUGUGCCCCAACGCCCUCCGCCUUUGACGGCCGGGCGCCGCCACCACCGCCGGCGUCGGCGGCGGGGGCGGCCGGUGGGAGCGCUGGUGGGGGAGUCCUAUAUACUCCAGUUCUUUCUAAAGUCUGA